UACAACAGGUGAAAUAGAAGUUUCAGCUGCGCAAAGACGGCUACUAUGGAGCGCAAACCUGAGAUGUAUUACGAGACUGAGAGAAGGUGAAGAGAUACGAUAAAAUGAUAAGAAAUGAAAGCGGUCUGACGAACGGUUCUUCAGUGGCCCCCCACGACACUAACCUGAAUCGCCCUCCAUGGGUUGCGACAACUUUGGGAUGCUUUCUGAUUUUCACCAUUGUCGUUGAUAUUUUGGGCAACCUCUUGGUCAUUAUCUCCGUGUACAGAAACAAAAAACUCAGAAACGCAGGCAACGUAUUUGUGGUGAGCCUGGCUGUAGCAGACCUGGUGGUAGCCUUCUACCCAUACCCUCUGGUCCUCUCCUCCAUCUUCAACAACGGCUGGAACCUGGGCUUCAUUCACUGUCAGGUCAGCGGCUUCCUUAUGGGACUCAGCGUCAUCGGCUCCAUCUUCAACAUCACCGGCAUCGCCAUCAACCGCUACUGCUACAUCUGUCACAGUCUUAAAUACCACAAGCUGUACAGUGACAAGAACUCCCUGUGUUAUGUCCUGCUCAUCUGGCUGUUGACUGUGGUGGCCCUGGUGCCCAACUUCUUUGUGGGCUCGCUGCAGUACGAUCCCAGGGUGUAUUCGUGUACGUUCGUCCAGUCGGCCAAUUCAGCGUACACCAUCGCCGUGGUCUUCUUCCACUUCAUCCUGCCCAUCAUGAUCGUCACCUACUGCUACCUGAGGAUCUGGAUCCUGGUCAUCCAGGUGAGGCGGAGGGUGAAGCCCGAGUUCAGGCCGAGGCUCACGCCGCAUGACGUGAGGAACUUUGUCACCAUGUUUGUGGUGUUCGUCCUGUUUGCUGUGUGCUGGGCACCGCUGAACUUCAUCGGACUGGCAGUGGCCGUCAACCCCGCCGCAGUAAUACCCAUGAUUCCAGAGUGGCUGUUCGUGUUCAGCUACUUCAUGGCCUACUUCAACAGCUGCCUUAAUGCCAUCGUCUAUGGACUGCUCAACCAGAACUUCCGGAGGGAGUACAAACGGAUAGUUGUCUCGCUUUGCACUGUGACGUUGUUGUUCCCUGACAGUUCCAACGACGCUGCGGAGAGAGUCAAGCCAUCCCCUUUAAUAAACAACAACAAUCAAGUGAAAGUAGACUGCGUGUGAGAGGUCAUGAAGGGAGCACUGUGAGCAAAGACAUACUAAAGACACAUCUCUACUGCUUCCAGACUGCAGGCUUAUUAAUGAUGUAUAAUGUACUGAACUGAAGCCAAUGACUCUAACAGCGUGUAUGCAGUUUUUAAACAGAUUCUACUCAGUCAAGGUGCAUUACAGUAGCUGUAUGUUCCCUUCUGUCUAAUUGUUUACAAUAAUGAACUAUAGAUGUAUGUAUUUAUUUUAUAUUGACAAUGGAUAGUAUGGCAUCAUUUCACAGAGUAGAGCUGAAAGGGUUUCUUACGUUAUGCAAUCUUUACCAGUCUACAGUACUUUAUGUGUAUCUGUAUGAGAAAUAACAUAGUAAAGAUUGUUACUUCUGACUAUAACAUCCAAGUUGUAUUACAUACCGUAGGUUGCUGAUGUAAAGGAAAUUCAGAAGCUUGAAAAGCAAUAUGUUUGUUGUGAAGUGUUUCAUCUGGGAAAUGUGACACAAACGUGGGAACAUGCACAUUCCACAGAUGGGCUGGGCUCUAGUCAUGGCUAUAUGAAG